CCCACCCACGCACGCACGCACGCACGCACGCACUACACUGCACGCGAGCGCGCGCGCAACCACACCAUCUACUCUUACGCGCGGUCGAUCAUCGCCCGCUUCCGGCCAACGGACACGAUCUGAUCUGACAUCCACGGUCCCCGACGACCAUCACCCGGCACAGUCCCGGCUCGAUCCUCCGGCCCAGGCUGAACCAGCACCGACGCGAGGAUGCGCGACCACCUCGUAAUCAUCGGCCUUCUGCUGCUGCUCUGCUGCGUGCAAGAAUACGCGAGCAGCUCCUGUCCACGGAUUUGCCCGACGAGCGGCGAUCCGGUAUGCGGCAGCGACGGUGUCAUUUACGCCUCCUCCUGUGAAAUGCGGAAGAAAACUUGCGGCAAAGGUGUGACCGUAGCUCCGGAGAAGAAGUCGUGCUUCCGGUCGUUGGGCAGCAAGUGCGAGCACCGCUGCCCCGGUGAUCAGGAUCUCGUCUGCGGCACGGACGGGCACACCUACCUCAACAAGUGCAUGCUCAGGGUGGAGAUCUGUCGGGUGGGGAUCGAGCUCUCGCAUCUCGGCCCUUGCAACAACAUCUCCGCACACCGGGAGAAUUGCCCCGUCUCCUGCGAAUUUGCACCCCUCGAUGGCCCCGUUUGCGGCAGCGACGGCAACGUCUACAAGUCCACCUGCCAAAUGAAACUGCUCACUUGCGGGCAAGGUGUCGUGAGGACGAACAAAAAGCACUGCCAAACAACGAGACACUGCCGAGAAUCCUGCUGGCGCGGUGCCAAACCAGCCUGCGGGAGUGACGGCAUCCUUUACGCGAAUACCUGCAAGAUGCGAGCGAAAAACUGCGGGAAGCACGUCUUUGAAGUGCCGAUGUCCUUCUGUGUGUCACGGGAAAGGACCUCGGGUAGCGUGUCCACCGCCUGUCCUUUGGAUUGUAAAAACGAACCGGAAAUAGCAGUUUGCGGAUCAGACGGAAGCAUUUAUCGAAGCGAAUGCGAGAUGCAAAUGCUCAAUUGCGGAAAUACAAGAAGAAAAGUAACGGCCGUGGACUUUGAAAAGUGUCGAACGCGCCUAUCCAAGUGCGUCAAGCAACAGCAGCACUGCGGAACCGAAGCCGAUCCAGUUUGUGGUAGUGACGCUAAUGUUUACUCCAACCAGUGUCACUUGAAUGUCGCCAUUUGCAUGAAAGGCAUCCAGUUGGCUCACGUAGGCGCGUGCACGACUUUGAAGGACACGGAACAUUGUCCCGAUGAUUGCAACGAUAUUCCAGAGGAACCAGUUUGCGGCAGCGACGGCAACGUCUAUCGGUCAUUGUGCCAGCUGCAGAAGGAGACAUGCGGACAACGAGUGGUGCAAGUGCCCGCACAGCAUUGUCGCACAACUGCACUCUGCAACCAGAUUUGCAAUAACGAGAAGCAGUAUGUGUGCGGCUCGGACAACAAGCUCUACCGGAACGAUUGCGAGAUGAAAAGGGACAAUUGCGGAAAGCACAUAUACGUGGUGCCGUUGAAGCGGUGCCUCAUGGGUUUGGAGUUCCACGGCUGCAACACGAUCUGCACCUUGGAGUACGACCCGGUGUGCGGCACCGAUAGCAUGACCUACGGCAACGAGUGCUUCCUUAACAUGGAGAUUUGCCGCUCGAGGAACCGCGUCACCAAGAUGCAUCACGGUAUCUGCGGAGAGCCCGUGGAUGAUCCGAAGAACUACUUGUACUAGGCGCGAUAGAGCAUGACGGAUGUCCUAGGAGCGAGCGAGAGAGAUAGAGAGAGAGAGAGAGAGAGAGAGAGAGAGAGAGAGAGAGUGGCCAUUUACCGGCGAAAUAUCUUUUUGAUUCGCAGGUGAUGUGUCGACCGUGAGAGUGUUGUCUUUUUUAUUUUAAUCAUCGUCGAUACAUACGAGGGCGGGAGGUGUGAGAGAUACGAGGAGGAGGAGGAGGAGG